AUGGCUUCGCAGGCUUCAUUGAAGAAACAGCAAGAGCUCCAGAACACUUACCAGAAUUACAAGAGCACUCUGCAGACAAUCGCCCAGAAGAUCGGCGACAUCGAACAGGAAACCGAAGAGCACAAGCUCGUAUUAGAAACUUUAGAGCCGCUCUCCGGGGAUCGGAAAUGCUUUCGCAUGGUAAAUGGCGUUUUGGUUGAAAGGACGGUGAAGGAUGUGGUGCCGGUGCUGAAAAUCCACUCUGAGGGCCUGAAGAAGGCUUUGGAAGAGUUAGUCAAGCAGUACAAAGUCAAGCAGGACGAGAUGGAGAAGUGGAAGAAGAAGAACAAUGUGCAGGUCGUUCAGCAGCCUCAAUAG